UUUGUAACGCUUCAGCUUGGUUAAAAUUGGUUACUCAUUCCCACGUCAACAGGUUUAACUGUAAAUAGGCUAUGUUAAAACCAACCGCGAUGACGCUCAAUGUGCUUGUAUAGGCGCGCGCUUAAAUAGGCGGACUUGUUUCUGGACCAAAGAAAGAAAGCAUCCAUUUCAAUCCAAGGAGAGGCGCAUUACCCUACACAAUGAUGCUCUUUUUUAUGGUGAUGCUAGUCAGUGCUGAUGCCAGUAUGCAACUUCACGCCCAAACUUUCAAAAAAGAUGAUCCUUACUCUGGUCGAUCGUUAGUGUGUGACCGCUGUCCACCUGGAAUGUACCUCCGCGCGCCGUGCAGUGCCACGCAAAAGAGCGACUGUGUGAAAUGUCCCAAUGGGGCAUACACAGAAUUUUGGAACCACAUCUCCAAGUGCCUGCGCUGCAGCAUGUGCGCGGAGAACCAGGUCGUCAAGCAGGAGUGUUCUCCAUCCAACAACUGCGAGUGCGAGUGCAAGGAGGAUUACUACUUCAACAAGAAAUACGAAGCAUGCAUCAAACAUAAAGAAUGUCCCCCCGGGUAUGGAGCGAAUAUUACAGGUACACCACAACAAGAUACAGAAUGUGUGCAGUGUCAGCCCGGAUUCUAUUCUGAAGUUUCCUCCGCAAAAGCGACCUGUGUUGCGCAAUCAAACUGCCAAGCUGGUGGACUGCGCGUGGUGCUGAAAGGCCAGAGCUGGCACGAUACACUGUGCGCCUCAUGCGAUGACCUCAAAACUCGUGAUGGAGCUGAAUAUCUGCAUGAAAUCCUUCCUACGUUCUUCAUUCAACUUCACCAGACGAUGGGUAUCACAAAAAUGCGUCGGUUAGCAAUGAGGCUGCCACAAGAAGGAGGCAAGAAACCGCUCCGAGGAACGGUCAUGAAGCUUUCUAGAAGGGGUCUUAACAACUUUAUGAACAGUUGGGACCAAGGUGCAGGGAAAGAUCAGGUUAGAAAACUUCCUGAGGUGUUGAGGAACAUAGGGGCCUUCAAUAUGGGAGACAAACUAGAGCGUAAACUGAAAUAUAUCGACCAGCAAUCCAAACUCUGCGAAGGGUUAGUUGAAGUAGCCCAAAAUGAGUUAAAGUAGCCUGUCAUCCCCAUCUUCUGAAUAACAUAUCUUGAGCAUUACAACAAAAAGUAAUUCAGUUCAACAGGUGUCCAUUUUAAAUGGUCCAUAUAGGGUAUGUGGGCUAUACAGUCUAGACCAGGGUUCCCCAAUAUUGGCCUGCGGGCCAAAUUCGGCCCGUUGGUAUUUUAUUUGGCCACACAAGUUUUCUGAGCAAAAGUAAAAAUGUACAGUAUAUAAGGUAUAUAUGUUUUUUUAUAGGCCUAUAUCAUUUUCUUUGUUGGACAUAAAAGACUGUAAAAUCACCAGGAAAUCAGCUCAAAGUUAUUUUAAUUCAGGAAAUCUGUUCCCAAGUAUUCCUACACAUAAAUAGAGGCAUAUGUGAUUGUAUCCCAAUGUAGUCAAGGUUUGAAAUUAUUCUGUUUUUGUCAAAUACUAUAUCUGCUUGGGAUUCUUGCGGUCAAUUUGCAGUGUACAAAUUAUUUAUAACUAUUCAAAAAACAUUCCUUACCCCAGGAUACUUUGAAUGGUGACUAUCCGGCAGAAUAAAGAAAAAGCAGCACUCCGUUUCUGCGUAAAUCUGAUAGAUUUAUUGAUGGGACAAACCAGCUUUCUCUUUUAAGCUGGCUGAAGCGAGUUUGGGUAUACCUUUUUUUCUCCAUUAUUUAUAACUAUGUUCCAGCCCCCCCCCAACCAUCAGCUCAAGGAAAAAUCGGCCCAAGGCUGAAUGUAACUGGGGACCCCUGGUCUAGACCUAUUGUCUCAUUGAUUGUUUUACUUAAAAAACCCUCCCGUUGUCCUAGGGUCAAAAUGACCCGCCACUGUGUU